GCGGAAGCCGGAGUAACGGCAAACAGAAACUUUAUUUGAACAAAGGCAGAGCCAACACAAAACACCCGUGCAGUUCGGGAUAAUCCGGCAAACGGCAGUUCAAAUAUAUUACCCACGGUGCGUUAUGGAGGAGGCGCGACACGGAGGGAAGCGACGGGAAAGCGUCGGUAGUCCGAGGUGCGCUGGGGAAACCAAACGCGGCCGUGGAGUGAGCGAGAAGUCCGGGCGAAGAAGGCACGCAGCGGGAGAAGCACAUAAGCGAAUACACAGCCUGAACCUGCACGACCACGCAUGAACGUACAAUAACGGACCCGGAAUGUGGGACCAGGAAGUGUGAGCUGCUGCUGAAAGUGACUGUGUGUUUCUGUGUGUAAAAUGGCAGAAGCGAAUAUUUCUGUGGCUCAGGACCAGUUCAUUUGUCCAAUCUGUCUGGAUCUCCUCAAGGAUCCAGUAGCUCUUCAGUGUGGACACAGUUUCUGUAUGCGGUGCAUUAAUGGCUGCUGGGAUCAGGAGAAUCAGAAGGGAGUCUAUAGCUGUCCUCAGUGCAGACAAACCUUCACUCCAAGACCUGCUGUGAGUAAAAACACUGUUCUGGCUGAAGUAAUAGAGACUUUAAAGAGGGCAGGAAUUCAAGCUAAACGUCCUGCUCAGUGUCCAGCUGGACCUGAGGAUGUGGAGUGUGACUUCUGCUCUGGGAGAAAAAACAAAGCAGUGAAGUCGUGUCUGGUGUGUCUGGCGUCUUUCUGUGAAACUCACCUCCAGCCUCAUUAUGAAUCUCCUGCCUUUAAGAAGCACAAGCUGGUGGAAGUCUUCAGACAACUCCAAGAGCAGAUCUGCUCUCAGCACGGCAAACUGCUGGAGGUUUACUGUCGGAAUGAUCAGCAGUGUAUCUGCAUGCUGUGUACUAUGGAUGAACAUAAACAACAUGAUACAGUAUCAGCUGCAGCAGUAAGAGCUGAGAAACAGAAACUGCUGUUGGAUGUGCAGGCAAAAUGUCAGCAGAAAAUCAAAGAGAGAGAGCAGGAGCUUCAGGAGCUAACAAAGGCUGUGGAGACUCACAAGCAUUCUGCACAAACAGCAGUGCAGGAAACUAAGAAUCAAUGUACUGAACUGAUCAAAUCUAUUGAGAAAAGAUGCACUGAGAUGAUGACACUGAUCAAAGCUCAGGAGAAAGCUGCAGUGAGUCGAGCUGAAGAAGUUUUUAAAAAAGUGGAGAAGGAGAUUGCAGAGCUGAAGAAGAGAAAUGCUGAGAUGGAGGAGCUUUCACACACUGAGGAUCCCAUCUAUUUCCUGCAGAGUUUUAAAUCUCUCGUGACUCCUGGAUCUGCAGAUUUACUCACCAUCACCACUAGUCCUUUCUACACUUUUAAAGCUGUAGAAAGGUCUGUGUCUCAGUUUAAGGAGAAGAUGGAAGCAUGCUUUAAAGAAGAGCAUGAGAAGAUAUCAAGUGAGGUGAUGAAUGUUGUGAUCACAGAACCCCAAAGAGAGGAAUUUCUUCCAUAUUUCUGCCAACUCACACUGGAUCCCAACACGGCACAUCAACGUAUCCAACUUUCUGAUUCUAACAGAAUGGCGACUGACAGAGACAUCCCACAGAGACUGUCAUAUAAUAAAAGGGGUUUUGUUAAAAUAAUGCAAACAGAAAGAUAUGGACAUCCAGAGAGUUUUAACCAUUACUCCCAGGUGUUGUGUAAAGAGAGUGUGUGUGAGCGAGCUUACUGGGAAGUGGAUUUCACUAAUUGCAAUGGGAUUUCUAUAGCAGUCUCAUAUAAAGACAUCAGUAGGAAGGGAAGCAAUAAUGAAUGUGCAUUUGGACGAAACCAGAAUUCCUGGAGUUUGAUUUGCUACUCCUCCUAUUACUCAUUCUUACACAACAACCAGGAAACCAGACUCCCCAUGAACCGUAGUUCCUCAAGAAUUGGAGUGUUUCUAGAUUAUAAAUCAGGAUCUCUGUCUUUCUACAGUGUUUCUGACACGAUGAAGCUAGUCCACAUAGUUCGUACCACAUUCACUCAGCCUCUCUACCCUGGGUUUGGGCUAAAUAACUAUUCAACAGUAAAACUGUGCCAUCAAACAUAGAUCAUUUUAGAUGAUUAACCCUUUAUGGUAAACAUUACAGUGAUACAGAAAGUCAAGCCAUGCUUCAUGAUAUCUAGAUACAAAAAAAGUAUUCAUAAUGACAAGGAAUCUAAAUUCUAUUUAAAGAAAUCUAAGCAGUUUAACCCCCUCCCCAAUGUAGCAUAGAUAAAUUGUGGUAAUAAUAAAGGUGAAAUCAAAUGUAAGUCUAGGUAUUCAUACUUUUCAUUGUUCUAGGAAGUAAAGUUGCCCAGAUGCUCUCAGUGGUGCACUGGUGUGUAGGGGUAGCAUGCAUGAGUAUUAUAGGUCUUGUGCCUUUUUCAACUAAUGUCUAAGUAUCAUAUGACGAGCUCAAACCUUCUGAGAUAUGAAUAGUACCCAGGUAGACCCAUCAUUACGGGUGAUCAGUCCUGGUACAGCAAACUCAUUAGCAUGAUGAUGGAGAUGUUUUUGGUGAUACAACUGUCCAUAUUUGAGCAUCCAGGAUGGUGUAUACCAGUAAUCUGUGUCUAAUUCAUGAAUUUAUUGUACGUCAAAUAAUGAAUCAAAAUAAUGAAUGAAAGAAUUUUAAUUCAGUCUGCUACAUACAGUAUAUACAAAAUCUACUCCAAUUCAUCCAUAUGCAAUUAACACAAAUGUAUUCUAAUUACUGCUACAGUAAAAAGUAAGAAAGUUUAAGUAUUCAAGAGGCUACAAUCAUCUGAGAUCCAAAGAAAUUUAACUAAGAGAUGAAAAAGUGAUUUGAGUGGGAUUGAGUAGGAGGGGUUUUGUAUUAGUGAUUUGGGUUUUAAAUAUUUAACUGCAAAUCGAUUUUUUUUUUUCUGUAUUACAUUUACUUACAGUACUUACUGUACACCACUGGCUGUUUUUGCCAAAUUAUGUACUCACAGAUCCUCUGUUUUUAAUCAAGUAAUGAGUAAUACCCAGGUGUUGUUUAAGGUUUACUUUCACUUUCUUUGUAUCUAAUAU